AUGUUAGACAAUAAGGCUUGCUCCGACCCAUCUGGGAAGCAGCCUUCCGGCCUUCGAAUUGGCAUUAUCGGUGGCGGUAUGUCCGGGAUCUGCAUGGCCUGUAAGCUCCUAGAAGCUCUUCCUGGCUCCGAGGUCACAUUGUUCGAGCUGAACGAUCAGCUGGGCGGGACAUGGUAUACUCAUAGAUACCCGGGCGUAGCAUGCGAUUCUCCCAGUCAUCUUUACAGUUUUUGGUUCUCUCCGAAUCCAGGUUUCAAAUCCAAGUUCGCGAGUGGAAACGAAAAUUUGACCUACUUGCAAGCCGUAGCUCGGAAGCACGACCUAGAUCGCUUUGUGCGUUAUAGGACAGAAGUGAAAGCUGCACAAUGGGACGCAAAGAAGAUGGUUUGGCACACUACUGUCCGCGACCUAGCUGAACCGGUAGGAGCUGAGCCAAAGGAGUACGAUUUUGACGUCCUCAUUUCCUGCGCAGGUGGUCAGCGCAAUCCCAUCAAGCCUAGCAACAUUGUCGAUCACUUUGCCGGUCCAGUUUAUCACUCAAGCGAGUACCCACGUGAUCUUGAUCUUGCUUCCAAGAGAGUGGCGGUCGUCGGUACGGGCUCUUCUUCAAUUCAGAUCGUCCCCGCCCUCACCACUUUUCCAGAGUCACAAAGACCUUCCGAGAUCCACGUCUUUCAGAAAUCGCCUGGAUGGGUCCUGAAGCUGCCCCGAGGACGCUUUUCGUCCACCGUUUGCAAAGCAUUCGAGCUUCUGCCCUGGCUGCUUUGGCUCUAUCGAGCGGUCCUCCUUAUCUAUUACGAUAUCUUUAUUCACUGGCUCUUGCGCAAGGAAGAUAUGAUGCGCUCCUAUGCUUUGUCGGCGCUCACAACUCAGAUAAACACCGACUCUGUCUUGGAGAACGCUGCGAGCGAGAAAUGCUCAGAGUCGGAGUCUGGCUCCAGCGAAGACACCAUCUGCAUGGGUAAGGAUGGCAAAGGCGACAUUGACAUCGCAAAGCUUGUCGAAUCGCUUUCUCCGGAAUGGAGUGUCGGCUGCAGGCGUGUGAUGGUGUCGGACACUUUCUAUCCUGCUCUUCUAAAGAAGGACGUUUUCUUUCAUCCCUCUCAGGUGAAAUGUGUCUCGAGCCUAGACAAGCGCACUCUGAUCACGAGUCAGGGAAACGGCGUUCAAGUAGAUGCUGUAAUUCUUGCAACGGGAUACAACUAUCAUGGCUGGAUUCGACCUUUGCAGAUUACAAACGAUGUUGGCGAAGAGCUCGUUGAUGUUUGGCAAACAUCAGAGGUAAGAGGUCGCUACUUUGGCCUCGCUACCUCUGGAUUCCCCAAUCUCUUUCACCUUUUUGGCCCUGCGAGCAGACCGGGUCAGGGCGCACUUUCAACCAUCGCGGAGCUACAGGCUGGUGAGAUCAUCUGUUGUAUCACCGAGCUGGGCAAACUGCCGCUUAAGAGCUGUAUAUGCGUCAGCAUUGAAGCUGAGAACCGGAUGGCGCGCACAAUCCACGAAGGCAUAGUUGAUUCACCCUUCGCACAAAAUUGUGGCGGCUGGUACAAGAACCGUAAAGGCUUUCCUUCCACCCUUUGGCCCUUCACUGCUUUUCGAUUUUAUCGCCUGCUGCGCUCUUUUGAUAGGAAGCAGACAUGGCUUGUUUCGUCUCCUUCAACUUGUACCUAA